AUGGGCAAGAAGCGCAAGAGGCCCGGAAAAGGUGGCCGUCGUGGUCCCACGGCCUCGUCUCAGCCUGGUAUGACCCCAUCGCCAGCUCGUUGCAAAUCUCCCAAAGCCUCAGAUGCACGAAACGGCCAAACCACCCACCCCGUGAUCUCGUUGUACUACCGAGAGGUACUCACCCUGCGUCAAUAUCUCCUCUCUCAUCUCCCUGUAUCUUCCAAACUUCGGCGCCGGCGCAUCGCAUCGCUGGCGAAAUCGCAAACGGCCGAGCCCAGCGCCCGGUCAUUAGCAAAUCUUCUCGAUUCCACAUUGGUCGGUGUCUUGAAGGAGUCAACUCCGAAGGUCGACUCCGAACGCCAGCGAGACUAUCGCGCAUUCAGCCAGUCCCAAUCGCGGUCGAUCCUCGUCAGCACGGACACGGGACCGACCUCGCCCCAAUCCGAGGUGGUCGACUUUGCCAUAGAGACUAUUUUUAGAAAGGCUGGCUACCAAAGACCUGAGCACUUGCUCACGCAUGGCUUCCGUCGCCCGGCGGUUGGCCAAACUGCCCUGGAUGUCAUUCCCGGCGUCGUGGCUCAGUUCCCGAACCACAAUGUACGCAUCUUAAAGGAAGCGCCGUGGGCGGAUGUCUUGGGACUGCUGGGUCAAAAUGGUGAUGAGAUCAUAAUACGCCUACUGUUCGACUGCGGUAUCUUUGCUCCUAUUGACGCUCGAAGUGGCAUCUAUUUCCAAUUGAGUGGACUGCCGCUGUCAGGGCUUCAGCGAAUUGAUAAUUCAUAUUCAAAGUCCCAAAAAGAACCUGCCAAUAAAAAGCCAGGUACAAAAAAGAGUGUUCAUGUUGGUUGUCGUGGUGAGGCUCGAGGCCCAAACAGCAUCAUUCUACUCCGCCGUCGAAUGCUUUACAGCAGAUACACCCGCCCGUUGAAGGAAAGUGCGCCAUUUGGAUUAGGAGACACUCACGUCUUCAACCGCCGCUUUUCCCUCGACUCGACGGCAGAGACGGUGCACGUGAUGAAAUACAUCUUUCCUCGGGAAUUCGGCCUGCAUAAUGUCUUCACAAGCGCAGCAGAUCCCAAAGAGAACGUGGACUUGUUCUCAAACCACCGAGACCGUGAAUAUGAACUAGCUUGCGUCGAAGAACAAAGAAGACAGAAUCGUUGUCAAUCCAGUGGUGAUCAAUUGCGCGCCGAGCUCGGAGGAAAUGAUUUUGGGAAGCUACCAAGGCGAUUGCGUGGGCAGGCUUUGGAGUUGGUCCAGAGGCUCCGAGUGCAUCAUGCCCGUUGUUCCUAUGGGGAACUUUUGAAGUACUAUUGUCCUGAGCCUACUGGGCCUUGGAAACUCGGCACCUCGGAACCUCCCACCACAAAGGGAGUCAAAGACGGCGAACCUGGAUCUUCUCUGGAGCAGAGCUUGGUAACACAGAUGCAAGCCAAACCACAUUGCAGUCGAUUGACGAAAAGCUCGGGUAUUGCCUUAUCACCGGGUAGGGCAUCUAAUGUCGAGAGAGGAGGCAAAGAAGAGUGCCCCUCACGAUUCAAUAAGCCUAAACUGAGCUUAACCGAUUACGCGACCCCUGCCUCUUCCGUUUCAGCCUUCUGUCGCGCCGUUCUCCAGAAAUUGAUACCGCUCGCCUUCUUCGGGGAAGGGCCUGACGGUGUAUCCAAUCGGAGAAUAAUCUUCAAACAUGCCGAUUCUCUCAUCAAAAUGCGACGAUAUGAGAGCCUAAGUUUGCAUAAAGUGUGCAAAGGUCUAAAGGUCACUGCCAUUCCCUGGUUGGUCCCUCCAAAGUUGGACUCCCCAGUCGAAGGAAAGACAAAGAAAAUUUCCUUGUCUGACUUUCAAAAGCGUAUACGGCUCUUGCACGAAUUUAUCUUCUUCGUAUUUGACUCCAUCCUUAUUCCUCUUGUGCGGGCCAACUUCUAUGUCACCGAGUCGCAAACUCACCGAUACCGCCUCUUCUACUUCCGCCACGAUGUAUGGAAGCGUUCGACAGAGCAGCCCCUCACAGAGCUGAAAGCAACUAUGUUUGAGGAGCUUGAGCCGAAGCGCCUUAACCGCAUGUUGGCCCGCCGCUCUCUCGGGUAUGGCUCGCUGCGUCUGCUUCCGAAGGCUACUGGCCUACGACCUAUCUUGAACUUGCGACGACGAGUUGUCAAAGGAGCCGAUUGGCGUAACAAGAAAUUUGCGACCAGCGUCAAUUCCACCAUCACACCCAUCUACAACAUGUUGAAUUGGGAGCGACAACAAGCGCCCGCGAAGAUGGGUGCAUCGUUGUAUUCGGUAGGAGACAUGCAUCCACGGCUAAAAAGGUUCAAGAAGCAAUUAUCACAGCAGCUGCCAUUAUCAGGGCCAAGGAAUUUUGGCGACCUACCUCGACUUUACUUUGUCAAGCUUGACAUCCAAGCUUGCUUCGACACCAUCCCUCAGCAAAAUCUAUUGCAAGUUGUGGAAGAGCUGGUCUCUCAAGAGAACUAUCAUAUCACCAAACACGUGGAAAUAAAUCCUCAUGGUGCCGACCCGCGAGGAUAUCCCAGACGCAAGUUUGCAGCGCGGGCUGCGCCAGUCACGAAGCAGCAGCAUUUACCAGAUCUCAUCGCUAAUGGUGGUCACCCUCGAAAGCCAAAUACUGUCUAUGUCGAUACUCUCAACCAAAAAGUACAGGGUGCUGAGGAGCUGCUGGACCUUCUAGACGAACAUGUGCGCAACAACCUGGUCAAGAUGGGGAAGGAGUUCUACCGCCAGCGCAACGGUAUCCCACAAGGCUCUGUUCUGUCCAGUCUUCUUUGCAAUUUCUUCUACGCCGAGCUAGAACGCGAAGUGUUGGGAUUUCUACAACCGAGAGAGUCAUUACUCAUGCGACUAAUCGAUGAUUUCCUCCUCAUCACCACCGAUCUCAACCAAGCGACACAGUUCAUGGAGGUCAUGCUUCGUGGUCAGCCUAAAUACGGCGUCACCGUUAACCCGACCAAGAGUUUGGCCAACUUCACCGCUGCAGUCGACGGCAUCCACAUCCCCAGGUUGGAGGGGACAUCGCUCUUCCCGUACUGUGGAUGCUUAAUUGAUACACACACACUCGAAAUCCACCACGAUCGUGACCGGAUGCUCGAUGGAGGGGAUUCUGCGGCAGCCAACCUCUCAAACGCCUUGACAGUCGAAACGAAUCGUCUACCGGGCCGCAUGUUUACCCGUAAAGUACUCUCAACGUUCCGACUGCAGAUGCACCAGAUGUACCUGGACGAGGCACACAAUUCUCGCAGUACAGUUCUCGCCAACCUCUACACCAGUUUAAUCGCAUCGGCCAUGAAGAUGUACCGCUAUAUGAAAUCUCUGCGAGGGCGCGCCCAUCCCGAACCACCCAUCAUUAUCCAGACCGUCAACGCAUUGAUUCUGCAAACAAUCAAGAUGAUCCAGGCCCGCCGCGCAUCCAGCAACGCGCCCUUGAAAUGCUUCCUGCGGCUCUCACAUGUGCAUUACCUGGCCGCGGCGGCAUUUCGGUUUGUGCUGAAGCGCAAGCAAACACGAUAUACGCCGGUCCUCCACUGGCUGGAAUCGGUUGGGAAAGAGUCGCGACCGACGACAAACGGAGAGGCUGUACGGAUGAUGCAGGUGGUGAAACGAGGAAAUGUGGUCUUUGAAGGAUGGCGGUUCUAG